AUGCGCGGCACGAAAUUUCACAUUUUUGUACCCCCUAGCGCUGCUCCACGCCUGAGACCGCAAACACCCUCACCAGUUCUGGAAAGCAUGCAUACUGGUUGUUUUGCUACCGUCCGCUUUGAGCCAGUCGUUUCUUUUUGCGUCCUUGCUCCUGGAAGGAACUGUCAUAACUUGAGGGCUAUUUCCUCUAGCUUUCGCCUUCAUACGAUCAAUCACACUUUAAAGCUCCCUCACCAAACAAAGACCAUACCAUUCGUUUACCCUCUCCUGGUCUUCAUUCUCGGGCAUCUUUGACCUUUCAGCAUUAGCAUUCAGCAUUGGCAUUCAUUCAUGUCGCUAUACCUCGACACGCCAAAGUCAACGACCUCACAUCGCCACGGAAGCACCAAGUGCAAUGCAGACCCGUUGCCUUCCCCGUUCGGGCGAAAACCGCUUCUCACAACGUCAGUGAAUCGUCCGGCAACUGCAUCGCCCCACAAGCGCGUGGCCUUCAACCCAGUAUCGCCCACCCCGCAAGCAGCAAAGAGUCUUCUUUCACCAAAAUUCGACGUAGUAAAGUCAGACUGGCUCAGCGAACAGGCCACGCGCACGUGCUCUCCCGGACGGCGCCGGCUCGUUCGGACCCUGACUGCGGAUCGCUUUAUCCCGUCGCGCGCGCUGACCGCGCACCGCCUCCACGACGACGCACCCGCACCCGCGGCCAGCGCGUCGCCCGAAACAUACAUCCGUGCACAAACCUCCAAGUACUACAAAUCCUCCGUUGCGGUGGCUUGUGGCUUGGACAUGAACCAGCGCAUUCUCCAGUUCCAACCCGCACCGCCAGAGCGCAAACCCACGAUCGACCUACUCGGCCGAGGCGUCCAAACCGUGACGCGCACGCUCAAACCAUCCAUCGUCGCCGCGCGCGCGCGCAAGGUGCCCACCAGCCCCGAGCGCGUGCUCGAUGCGCCUGGAAUCGUGGACGAUUUUUACCUUAACCUCCUCUCCUGGUCGCCACAAAACCUCCUCAGUAUUGCGCUCGAGCUGUCUAUAUACAUCUGGAACGCAUCUACUGGCCAUGUGGGGUUUCUCACCGAAACGGACGUGCUUGUAUCAUCGCUCCGGUGGCUGGACGAUGGAUGCUAUCUCAGUAUCGGUAAGGAAAACGGGUCUCUCGAAGUCUGGGACAUAGAGUCCAAUUCCAAGCUCCGUACGAUGAAGGGCUCCGACGAUCUUACGCGGCUUCUGUCGCACUGCUGGUCGUCACACCUCAUCACGUCUGGGUCGCGCGCGGGCAACAUCGUACACCACGACGUACGUGUGCUGCAGCACGCAGUACAGACGAUCACGAACGCGCACAAGGCCGAGGUGUGUGGCUUGGAGUGGCGCGCGGACGGUAUGCAGUUUGCACUGGGCGGCAACGACAACGUGGUGCAUCUCUGGGAUGCGCGUGCAGCGGUGCCGCGUUUCAGCAAGACCGCGCACAACGCCGCGGUUAAGGCGCUCGCGUGGUGCCCCACACAGACGAGCUUGCUCGCCACCGGUGGCGGAUCCACCGACAAAUACAUUCAUUUCUGGAACACCACCACGGGCGCGCGCGUGAAUUCUAUCGAUACUGGGUCCCAGAUCUCGUCCCUUAAGUGGGGCUACAGCUAUGGAACGGGGCAGGAGAUCAUGGCAACACACGGGUAUCCAGAUAACUCGAUAGGGGUCUACAGUUAUCCAACGUUGCAGAAGACGGGGGAGAUUGUGCGCGCGCACGAUUCGCGCAUAUUGCACAGCGCAUUAUCGCCGGACGGCACUACUGUCGCAACAACAAGCGGCGAUGAGAAUCUAAAGUUCUGGAAGGUGUGGGAUUUGCCAAAGGCGCGGGUAGGCGGCGAGAGUACGCUUGCAGAGAAUGACAAACAGAUGCGGAAGGUUAUGACGAUUAGAUAGUGAACCGAUAACUGUGAUUGUUUGCCUUUUUGGUUUACUGGACAUAAAGCUAUAAGCGCAGAGGAGGAGUAAAAUUCCAGGAUAAAAACUGGACACAACAAAAGCCAAGCACUGCCUACGGAGAAUAAAAAGUAAGGAAAUAUCCACAAGCAUGGUGAUUCACAGGCAUAGCGAUUUACAAUCUGGUUUGUUUGCUCACGGUGCACUGGCCAAAUCUUGAAUGGAAUAUGCAUAUUGGUGUGGUUACAAAAUUCAGUUGGCCAUCCGUCUCACCAAAGCUCUUAAAAGGUUUUAAAUCUUCAUCAUGGCUAAUUGCUUUGAAUUCACGUGCCAUCAAAAAUAGUCUUUGAGUAAGUAAUUUAAUUACAUUAUUAGUAUCCCGG